AUGGCGGAACAAGCAUACAACGUUGUAUGUAACAACGCAGCUGCAAGUUCUCAACGGAGAACACGAAGAUAUAUUUGCAGAAAUCGUGAAGAAGCCAACCAACAUUUGGUGCAAGACUAUUUUGCAGAGAAUGCCACUUAUCAAGGGUAUUAUUUUCAUAGGCGCUUCAGAAUGCUCAAAGGUUUAUUCAAACGUAUAGUUGAAGAUCUAACGAGGGAGUGCAGUUUUUUCCAACAACGCUACGAUGCUAGAGGUACACCUGGUUUCACUCCCUUACAAAAAUGCACGGUCACACUUCGUCAGUUAGCAUAUGGCAUUCCGCCUGAUGCGUUAGACGAAAGUUUUAAGAUGUCUGCUAGGAUCACACGAGAUAGUCUCCAUUUUUUCUGCAAAACUGUGAUUCAGUUUUAUGGUCCAAAAUAUUUACCAUAUCAUGGGCAAUUUACCCAAGGUGAUCAUGGUCACCUAACGGUCAUACUUGAAGCAAUUGCAUCACAAGAUAUGUUGAUUUGGCAUGUUUUUUUUGGUUCUCCUGGUUCGAUUAACGACAUCAACAUUCUUAAUCGUUCACCAAUAUUUAACAACAUAUACGAUGGAUCUGCACCAGAUUCUUCUUUUCAAGUGCGUGGAACGCCAUAUAAAUAUGGUUAUUAUCUGGUCGAUGGAAUCUAUCCUGAGUAUGUUGUGCUUGUUAAAUCGUUUACAGCUUCACAUGGUUCUAGACGAAAGAAAUUCAAGAGAGCUCAAGAAAGAGCUAGGAAGGAUGUUGAGCGUGCUUUUGAAGCUCUGAAGAAACGAUGGUUCAUAUUGAAAAAACCAGCAGUUUAUUUAGGCGAGGAAAAACUUCAAGAAAUCAUGUAUACAUGUCUUAUAUUGCAUAACAUGAUUAUUGAAGACGAAGGAAGAACGAUAUGUGCGUUUGACGAUGAAGAAACCAUACCAGAGACACAACCAAUAUAA